UGUAAUAGUGAGAUACAGGUACAACAGAAACAUUUAGACAACGAGAGUUAUGCGAGUAACAUGAACACGACUAUGGAAGUAGAUCCACAGGGGAGACAAUCGGAUUUAUCUGACGGACCUGGGAAACAAAGGGAGAGUUAUGUGGUGGAAAAUGGAAUUCUAAGACAUCGUAACGAAGCGGACGCACCACAAUUAGCGGCAAGGAAAGUGAGAUUCGGGAAGGAUCAAAAGGGGCCGGUCAAGGUUAAGGUAAUGGUACUUCCGGAUAAGGCGCAGAUUAAGAGAGGUAGAAAUCACUUAAUUAUUAUACAGAAGUUGAAACUAUUAAAAAUUACAUUUAAGGAGGUGCUUAUGACCAGCCAUAUAGCGGCUGAAGUAGAAUUCGCUAACGGUCAGGAUGCUAACCUAUGCCUACAAAGAGUGGAGGAAGCAAAAGAAACUGGAAUUAUAGCAAGAAUCGAAAACAGGGAACUAAUAACGAGAGGAGUCAUAACCGACUGGCCAGAUAAUAUCCCAGGACUUUGGGAGGCAUUAGAGGAUAAAUCAAAAGUUUGCAGAAUGGAGAAAAUGUACCGCAGAAGGUGGGACGAGAGAGAGAAAAAUUUUAGGGAGGAUGACACGGGAAAUAUAAUUAUUACUUUCUAUGGAAACAAGGUAGUGGAAAAAAUGUGGCUCUGGGAACAUGAAGUAGCAAUAAAAGUUCGUCCAUACAUUCCUGCACUAAGACAAUGUUUUAAGUGUUUCAGAUUUGGGCACAUAAAGGCCGUAUGCAAGAGUGAAGAGAAGUGUAUUAUAUGCGGUGAAAAAGCACAUGGCAGGUGUGUGAGUACAUUGAAAUGCAGAAAUUGUAGAGGGCCACAUAAAUCAACAUUUAAGAAUUGCCCGGAGGUGAUGAGAAACAAAAACAUAAAUGUUAUAAUGGCAUAUCACAAUCUGUCGUUUAAAAAUGCAGAAAGAAUUCUAGAGGGACGAGAGGAUAAGAGACCAAUAAACGCUUAUGAUAGAGUACCAGCGAAUGAGGAGCCGAGAAAGGGUAAAGAGUACAGUCAAGUUCUGCAAGAAGGGGAUCGAGAAGAUAUAGAAGACCCCGCAAGAUAUGGAGAGAGGGAAAAUAGUCCAAGAGAAAAGGCAAGAAACAGAAGCUUUGGACAUUAUCAACAAUUCAACACGCGCGAAGAAGAAAUUUCAAGAAAUAGAUACGGAAUAGCUAACGGUUAUAGGAGAGGACAUAGUACUGAGAGGAAGGAAGGGCAAGGGUGGAGAGGACAGGAAGAAGUUAGAGGAAGAAAAGUUCUAUCACAAAAUAAGUACGAACUACCAAGCCCGGAGUCAUCAGAUGAAGAAAAUUUGAGGAACCUAGUGGUAAAGUUGGUAUACCUUAUGGAAAGAGACGAGGAACUAAGAAGGAUGCUGUACGCAAUCCUGGAAGAGCCGAAAACAAUCCAACUUGAAUCACAGAGAUACAAUAGGAAGAGAGAGGAAGAGCAGAGUCUCGAAAUAAAACGGAAGAAGGAAAGGGAAGGUGAAGAGGAAAGAGAUCGACAAAUAAAGAUGAUAGAACAAAAUAAGAGGAACUAUUGGCAGUCGAGGAGAGUAGGUGAAACAGAAUCUGUUUCCCACGCAUCUCCGUAAAAUAAUGGA